CAGAGUCGGUCGAGGUGAAGUCGAUCAGAUUUGCUCGGCCCUCUUUCCUCGUAGCACGAUUUGCUGGAGAAGAAGACGACCACUGCGUCAACGGAGAAGUGACGAGAGUAUUGUAUUUGAGCACUCUGCAAAGAGCUUGAAGAGGUGACAACUUACGGCGUACUUAAUACGCGGUUUCGUCUUGGAAGUUUGUUGUUGCACUUGCAUGUCCAACUACAGGUCAACAAUAGCAGAAACUCGAAAG